UUUGCAAUGUCACAUAUUUUUGCGGAUGUUGUGGCGCCACUACUAAGCUGAGUGAUUGACGAACUGAUCGAUGAUCGUGGUUGUGCAGUAGUAGUACUGUCAUGCGCACAUUGCAAUGCGCAAGCCCCCACGUUACUAUAUCGUACAUGCGCUGUAUGCAUGCAGGCAAAGGGGACGUGCACGGUUACUCAUGUCAUCCGGCUGGGCCCCCAGCUAUAAGCUGUGCAUGCUCGUCAUGUAUCAGCUAGCUGAUGGGGGCUGGGGGAGGGGGGGCCCAUCCAUCUCACCCUUGUGGCCAAUCACACAAAUCCAAACAUCAUCUUCCCUGUCCGCCCUGAUCAAUAUCAUGUUACAACUCCGCCAGAUCGGAUCCCCCGGGCUCCCCCUCCCCUACUAGCGCGCGCGCGCGCCAUGGCUAAGCUAGUGUAGCAUUAGCGCCAAGAGCCGCCUCAACAUGCGUUCACAUCAUGGCGCUUCUUGUGACACGUAUGUACAAUGCAUACCUACGUACAUGCACUGCCCAUAGCGCGGAUCAAAUCAUAUGCGUAUGAAUCUUUUCAUCUCCGCUCCCCGGGGGAGUGGAGGAGGGGGAGAGGUUGGGUCGCCCCAACGAUAAUUAUAAGCUGCUAAACUGGGACUAAACCGUCGCUACCUGCGCGCGCCCUUACCCAAAUCGUAUGCAUAGUACAUAAGUAGUUAUGCCAUGAUGACAUUUGAAUGUACCUGUCACGCCCCAUGCAUGCCAAUCUAUUAAUUCGAGUCAUGGCCUAGCGCUUCCUCAUAUCUCCAAUGUAUGGCCAAAACUUUCCUUUCGA